UCUCUCUUUAACACAGAGAUAUGGUUAAGCGGCGUUAAAGCUCAGCUCUUUAUCGUGGUUCUCCAAAUCUCCGCAAAACCCUUUGGGCAGCAAACCAAUCACAGCUCCUCCUCUUGUUCUGAAUCGCCGUCGCCGGAAUGACGACAGUGGCGAGCUCAUUGGUCCACGACGUUCUCGGCCGGAGAGCCGACGACGUCGACCGACCUAUAAUCGACUACAUCAUCAACGUCCUCGCCGACGAGGACUUCGAUUUCGGCGACGACGGAGAAGGCGCCUUCGACGCUCUCGGCGAGCUCCUCGUCGCUGCUGAAUGCGUCGCUGACUUUGAUGAGUGCCGCUCGGUUUGCAGUACGUUAACCGAAAAGUUUGGGAAGCAUGGUUUGGUUAAAACCAAACCAACCGUGCGGAGUCUUGCGGCGCCAGUGAGAAUGGAUGAUGGAAUGGAUGAGGGGGAAGCACCGAAGAAGAAGCAGGAGUUGAUUGAUGGCCCGGUGCUGACUGAACGUGAUCGGGCGAAGCUAGAUAGGCGAAAGAGGAAGGAUGAGCGCCAAAGAGAGCAACAAUAUCAAAUGCAUUUAGCAGAAAUGGAAGCAGCUAGGGCAGGAAUGCCUGUUGUCACUGUAAAUCAUGAUGGUGGUGGUGGCGCGAAUGUCAAGGAUCUCCAUCUGGAAGGCUUCAAUGUCUCUGUGGGUGGACGUGAUCUAAUUGUGGAUGGUGCAGUAACACUUUCUUUUGGAAGGCAUUAUGGACUUAUUGGAAGAAAUGGUACUGGAAAAACUACGUUUCUUAGGCACUUGGCUAUGCAUGCCAUUGAUGGCAUUCCUAACAGCUGCCAAAUAUUGCACGUGGAGCAAGAAGUGGCAGGUGAUGAUACAUCAGCCUUGCAAUGUGUUGUUAACACCGAUAUCGAAAGAAGCCAGCUUUUGGAAGAAGAAGCUCGUCUCCUUGCUCAACAGAGAGAACUGGAGCUGGAGGAAGAAGGGGGAAAGAGCAAUGGAGAAAUUGAUAAAGAUGCCAUUGGACUGAGGCUUCAGGAGGUAUACAAGAGGCUUGAGUUCAUCGAUGCUGAUUCUGCAGAGUCACGUGCAGCUUCCAUUCUUGCGGGUCUUAGUUUCUCUCCUGAGAUGCAGCGAAAAGCAACUAAAACAUUUUCUGGAGGAUGGAGAAUGAGAAUAGCUCUUGCUCGUGCCCUCUUUAUUGAGCCUGACUUGUUACUGCUUGAUGAACCUACAAACCAUCUUGAUCUCCAUGCUGUCCUUUGGCUAGAGGCUUACCUGGUGAAGUGGCCAAAAACAUGUAUCAUUGUUUCUCAUGCUAGAGAAUUCUUGAACUCGGUGGUAACUGAUAUCCUUCAUCUUCAUGGGCAAAAGUUGACUGCUUACAAAGGUGACUAUGAUACAUAUGAGAGGACAAGAGUGGAACAGCUCAAGAACCAACAGAAAGCAUUUGAAUCUAACGAGCGUUCAAGAAAUCAUAUGCAGGCUUUCAUCGAUAAGUUUCGCUAUAAUGCCAAGAGGGCCGCUCUCGUGCAAUCAAGAAUUAAGGCAUUGGACCGGUUGGGACAUGUGGAUGAAAUUGUAAAUGACCCUGACUAUAAAUUUGAAUUCCCAACUCCAGACGACAGACCUGGUGCUCCUAUAAUAAGUUUCAGUGAUGCAUCAUUUGGUUAUCCUGGUGGACCCCUUUUGUUUAAGAAUUUAAAUUUUGGAAUUGACCUAGACAGCCGCAUUGCAAUGGUUGGGCCAAAUGGCAUUGGGAAAUCAACUAUAUUGAAGCUAAUUGCAGGAGAGCUGCAACCAACCUCUGGGACAGUUUUCCGGUCAGCUAAGGUUCGUAUUGCUGUUUUCAGUCAGCAUCACGUUGACGGGCUAGAUCUAACUUCCAAUCCUCUGUUGUACAUGAUGCGGUGCUUUCCAGGAGUGCCUGAACAGAAGCUCCGAUCUCACUUGGGUUCUUUUGGUGUAACUGGAAAUCUCGCACUGCAGCCAAUGUACACUCUGUCUGGUGGUCAGAAGAGCAGAGUUGCAUUUGCAAAGAUAACUUUCAAGAAGCCACACAUAAUAUUGCUCGAUGAGCCCUCCAAUCAUCUGGAUCUGGAUGCUGUGGAGGCAUUGAUUCAAGGUCUUGUUAUCUUCCAAGGAGGCAUUCUCAUGGUUAGUCACGACGAGCAUCUGAUCUCUGGGAGUGUGGAUGAGCUGUGGGUGGUAUCUGAAGGCAAGAUAGCACCAUUCCAUGGCACUUUCCAGGACUACAAGAAGAUACUGCAGUCACAUUAAAUAAAUUUUAUCAACAAACUUCACGGGAAGUCCCCAUGGUGGAUGAAACGGUAGUGUGGGAAAUUAAGCAUAUUUGAACACCAGGAAGAACACAUUGUUCUGAGCGUGUGUCUGCCAGAAACAUGUGGAGAUACAUUGUAUUCCAGAAUACUUUUACAGUUUUUGGCCUGUUCCAUUGACGUAGCUUAGUAUUAUUACAUUUGUCGGAUUGAAUAUUUAUACAGAGCAAAAACAGAGAGUGAUGUGGGAAAUGUGCAUACUAUGUGCUUGAUCAGAAGGGAAUUUAUAUGGUUUUAAAUUGUUUUUGUUAUGAAUAUAUAAGGUUACUAAAUGGAA